AUAAACCUGCUUCAUGUGCCUGCCUUGGUGAGCUUCUCUGGUGUUCACAGGUCAACAUGUGAGGAAGCAGAACUUGCCAUCGGUAAACUUGCCAUCUGCAGCAGCUUGGGGGAAGUGUGGCACAUGGCUAAGCCCUGUAUAAAGAGAAGCCCGUGAGCUGGCAGUGACCCCAUCCACGGCUGAGCGGAGCAGACGGAGGCAAGGUGAACCUGAGGAGUCCACUGGCUGCUACAGGGGAGAUGCAGGCCUGCUGGAUGCUGGGACUGGUCCUCUGCCUCCUGCUGGGGCCUCUUGCAGGGGCCAAGCCUGUGCAGGAGGCAGACCCCUAUGCUGAGCUGCCGGCCUUGCCCUACUGGCCGUUCUCCACCUCCGACUUCUGGAACUACGUGCAGCACUUCCAGAGCCUGGGCGCCUACUCGCAGCUGGAGGACCUGGCCCGAACCUUCUUUGCCCACUUCCCCCUGGGGAGCACCCUGGGCUUCCAUGUCCCCUACCAGGAGGACUGAGCAGGUGUCCGCCUGGCUGUGCUGCCUUGGGGUUGCCCAGAGCCAUGCGGGAGGGGUCGGGUGACCUCAGGCCCAGCACACCUCCAACUGAAGAGGCACCACAGGUGGUGGGCUCUGCCCCCAGCAGCUGCAGAGGGCCCUGGCUUGUUCUGAUCCCUGGCGAGCUCUCCUUUAAUAAACG